AUGAUUGCUUCAAAUCUCGUCCAUUCUGACGAGACCAAGGAUGCCGCUGUCCGUGAUUUAGAGAGACAAUUUGACUUGAACACAGAUCAACUCAAGCGCGUCGCUGAGCUCUUGCAAUGCGAAAUGAGAACUGGCUUGAAGGCAUGCGAUAUUAACUGCAAUGUGCCUAUGCUCCCCUCUUGGAUUACUCGCCAUCCAACCGGUCAAGAAAAGGGCGAAUACAUGGGACUCGAUUUGAGUGGCUCCAAUGUUCGCGUCUAUCUUGUUACACUGCACGGUCAAGGCCGCAUUACCACACGCCAGCUCAAGUAUACUGUCAAGGAGAACCUGAAGGUUGGACCCAUCAGCAAUCUCAUUGACUUUAUGUCCGAAUGUGUGGAUGCCUUUCUGACCUUUGUCAACAAAGGCGAUAGCAAGAAUCCUCUCUCUCUUGGCUUGUGUAUCUCUUUCCCGCUUCAUCAAACCUCUAUUCGCAAUGCUUACAUCUUGCGUUGGACCAAGGACUUUGAGAUUACUGGCGCUGAUAACAAGAACAUGGUUGAACUCUUGCAAACUUCUUUCCGUAAACGUGAACUUCCUGUCACUGUCAAGGCUGCUGUCAAUGGAGCUUGUGGCUGCCUCUUGGCUCACAGUUAUCGUAGUUUGGAUACGUUACUUGCAUGUACAGUCAGUACUGGUACCAAUGCUGCGUAUUGGGAAAAGGUGCGCCAUGUCCACAAGAUCCAAGCAGAUCCCGAAAAUCCUAUUGAGGAGAUGAUUAUCAACACUGAAUGGGGAAGCUUCGGUGACACCAAAUCCGAGGCCAUCCCUCACACAUUUUACGAUAUCCGUGUCAACCGUCAAUCUGUCAAUCCAGGUGUUCAUGUAUAUGAAAAGAUGUGCGCUGGUCUCUAUUUAGGCGAAAUUGUGCGUCUCAUCUUGGUGGACUUUACUGACCGUCGUUUGCUAUUCAAUGCUCAAUACUCGACUGAACUCAACAAGGCUUACAAUUUUGAGUCCACUUACAUGAGUGCCAUUGAGCGUGAUGAGACACCUGAUUUAGAAGACACCAAGCACCUGCUGGAGAAUGUAAUGAACUUGAACUCAACUUCAUUGACGGAUCGUAGAUUGGUCAAGCGUAUUUGUGAGCUUGUAGGUAGACGUGCCGCUCGUUUGAUUGCAGCUGGUAUGAGUGCCAUCAUCAGUAAGCGUAAUGCCUUGGAGGCUGGCCUCAGUAUCAGUGUCGAAGGCACUAUUUAUGAGCACUACUCCAACUUCCCUGAUCGUGUCAACACUGCUUUGCAAGAAUUGUAUGGCGAUAAUGUUGAAAGGAUCAACAUUGGUAUUACUCGUGAUGGUAAUGGUAUUGGCGCUGCUUUGGCUGCCAUGAUUGCCAGCACUCCCAACGAGCGCUCCGUUUUUGCAUAG